CGGCACGAAUCCUUGCAGAUCGCAAAAGUUGACAUUCUGUUAUUACCUUCAAACUGUGAAAUUCAUAUCUGGAGCGCAAUGCUGUUUGCGCCGCCUGUCCCAAAGACGCGGGUUGAUUUAGCACACCCUACAACUGGCCAGCAACCUAGAGGUUAUGUUUCCGCGGCUACCGCCAAAAUGUGGUCUAGAAAGCAGUCUGCUGGCGUACUCGUUGAGUCUGCGGAGCUCAAUAAUGGCGUCAAGAGGCCAGCAGAACGCCCUUCUUCACGACAAGAGGCUAAAAGGAUCAAGAGCGAUGUGAAAAGCACGGCACCUGUCCUGGCGCCCAAGCCCAAGAAUAUCUCUACUGCGUACCGUGCGGCAAAAGAAAAGGGAAAGGAGAGGAACGCCGUGGCUCGUCGUGCACUAUCUUCCAAGGGUAACACUCGUGACCAAGCCAAUAGUUGUCGGCCUGGCCUUAGUGGGAAGGAGAACAUCGGUUUCAUCCAUUCUACCAUCCCUUCUGCUCGUAUUGAUACCUUCAGCAAGGAAAGUGCUGUACCAAUAAAGCUUGUCUCGAAGAGCAUUUUGGCUCCCGUAAACGGCGUUAGUAAGGGUUCGCGUGCAUCUACCAACUUUUUGCCGACGGGACACUUUGUGCCCGUCAACGCAAUGAAGAAAACCUAUGGUUCAAGUACGCGAGAGAUGAUGAAGGAGGAGGUCCGUUCCGCUGACGCCAUGGAAAUUUCACCCAUCAAAGCCCCUGUUUCCUCGUUCGCGGCGCCUCAAACCACAUCUUCGUCACCUCACCCUGCCCAACUGCUUAAGCAGAAAGCCCUCUUUGAUAUGAUAGACGCUUGGUCUGUGUCUCCGCCAGCUGGACAACUUGAGCGAAUGAAGUUGUCUUCACCCCUCCAAGACAUCGAGAACAAGACCAGUCCCGACAUAACUCCCGUCCGUCACCGUACCUCUCAUCCGGCUGCUCCGGUCGCCCAGGCUCGCUUGAAAUCCCCAACUCCCGAUCAAGCUCCAAUAUCACAACAGCAGAAACGUGAAUCUUUAGGUCGCCGAAUCUCAGACCCUCCCGUUAUUGAUAGCAAUGAUCUUUUCGGAUUUGAUGAAUACGCCGAAGAGCACGCCAAAGCAGACUGGGAAGCAGAAGUUCGAAUGUGCAAUGUUGACGUCGCCUCUCCGCGCCCAUUCACUUGUCAGCAGCGGGCAAAAGCCAUCAACACCUUAUUUGCAAUCCACUCAGGCCUAAAAUGCUCUCCUGACGUCUUGUUUACGGCAAUCCGCACGUUUGAUCUUUUCAUUGCAAAAUGGAAGUACGUUCGCUCCUACGGUAACUACGAAAUGACGUGGGAUGAUCGCGGACUUCUUCUUGCCGUUGUGGCGACUCUUUCGCUGGCGGCGAAGGGUGACUCACAAAACCCCGGAUGGACGUAUAAAAAGCUGAUGGGCACGAUGGCUCCAACUUGGACGCCCAAUGAGUUUAUGAUGAUGGAGAGCAAGAUUCUAGAGGUUGUCGGUGUCUACACGUAUCCGACUCCGUUACAAUUUCUUCGGCAGAUUAAUGGAAAAACACGCUUUGAGAAAAAGUACCACCAAACAGCCAAAUACUUGGUUGAAGUUGCACAGUACGACCAGAAGUUUGUGAGAGUUAAGCCUUCUCAGCUUGCAGCCGUGGCCAACUACACAGCUCGUAAAGUGAUGAAUGACGACCCGUGGAAUCAGCACCUCGUCGCUUCAUCUGGGUACAUGGAAGACGCUUUGAAGGAACUCUCCAGACCUCUGAUGAUGCUUGUGCUUGACCAAAAUCCCAAGACAUCGAAUGUAGUCAAGAAGUAUUCAACCGAAGAAUUCUCGUUCGUAGCGCCUGUUUUUGCGUCCCACCUUGAGUUCUGCCUGUAAAGGAUUUUAUCGGAUUUUUCUGUAAGAUAUUGCACGACACCAUUGUAUAAAAGGGAAGACGAAGGGGAUAAGCGGUGGUUGUUACCGCCAAAAGGAGGAAAAUGUAAAUACUGAAUCCAAAGGAAAAAAGCGUAGAAAUAAAAUCAUAAUGGUAUAGGGUCUGACCA